UUCAGUUUGCAUUUUGGCAAUAGUGAGUGAGUGAUAGGUAAAGUUGAAAUCGUUUAUACUUUGUGUCAUUUGUUUUACGGGAUAUGUUUUGUAUUACGGGAUUGAACUUUUAAUAUAAUAAAUAUGUCUGAGCUGUUUAAAUCUGCAUUUGGUUAUUUUAGUAGCAAUAGUGCACCUGGUCAAGGAAAUGAACUCCUUGGUCAAGUUGUAGAGAUUGGAAGUGUAAAACUAAGAGUGAAAAAAGUUAUUGCAGAAGGAGGAUUUGCCUUUGUUUUUGUAGCCCAAGCAUGCGAUACGGGGAAGGAGUAUGCCUUAAAGAGGUUAAUGGCUGCCGACGAAGAAGCGAACAAAGCCAUUAUUCAAGAAGUUAACAUCCUUAAACAGCUGGCUGGCCAUCCCCACAUUAUCCAGUUCCUGUCCGCAGCCUUCAUCGACAAGACACGGUCUGGUCACGGCAUGGCGGAGUACUUGCUGCUCACCGAACUGUGUGUCGGUGGCAGCCUUAUAGACGUUUUAACCUCUCGUACCACUCCUCUACCACCAGAUGUUGUGUGUCGUGUUUUCUGGCAGACGUGCCAGGCAGUCAAGCACAUGCACAACCAAAGUCCUCCCAUAGUGCACCGCGAUCUGAAGAUCGAGAACCUCUUACUCGACACUGAAGGUAAAAUAAAGUUGUGUGAUUUUGGCAGUGCAACAACUCAGACGUACCAACCCAACAAUAGCUGGACGGCCCAGCAGAGGGCAAUGCUUGAGGACCAAAUGAACCGGUGUACGACGCCCAUGUACCGCGCUCCGGAAAUGGUGGACACCUGGAACAACUAUCCUAUAGGGUGUCCCAGUGAUGUCUGGGCUCUAGGCUGUCUCCUGUACAUGCUCUGCUACAACAAACACCCCUUUGAGGAUUCCGCCAAACUGAGGAUACUCAACGCCAACUACACGAUUCCACCCGGCGACGCCAAGUACUUGGACUACCACCCCCUCAUCCGUGGAUGUUUGCAAGUGAACCCAGACCAGAGACUCACGGUGUCAGACCUGCUGGAGCGACUGGCAGCCAUCUCGGAGACGAGAGGCAUCAAUCUGCGAGAGCCACUAGCACUCGAAGGCAAGCGGAUAGACUCCAGUACCCGACCAGCUCUUGCAAUGAACAAUGGCCCAACAAAUAACGGGAUGGAUCGCACUAGUUCUCCUUCAGCCCACCAGAUUCCGCCUUCACCACACAAAGUACCGCCUCCACACCCACCUCCGCCCUCUAGACCACCUCCUGUCCACCAGCCCCCGCCCGCAGUGGCCCCGAUGAGUGGUGGUGGAGGGGGAGGGGGUGGAGGAGGAGGGAGUGGGCUGUUCUCAACUAUCAAGGGUGGUGCUGGCAGUUUCUUUAAGGGUCUGAAGGACACAUCAUCCAAGGUGGUCCAGUCUGUGCAACAGAGCAUGGCGCGCAGUGAGGUGGACAUGAGCUACAUCACGUCUCGCUUGGCCGUGAUGCCAUUCCCUGCGGAAGGACUAGAGGUGACGACCCGUAGCAACUACGCUGAGGACGUCAAGGUCUACCUGGAGACCAGGCAUCCUGGGGCCCACUAUUGUGUGUAUAACGUGUCCGGACGUGCCUACCCCGCAGGCCGGCUCGGCAAGGGCAGGGUGGUGGACUGCGGGUGGGGUGGCGUGUUGCGGCGUGCUCCUCCCCUCCACUCUCUCUACACCCUCUGUCAGGACAUGUACGAGUUCCUUACGUUAGACCCUCGAAAUGUCUGCGUUGUACAUUGUGUAGAUGGUAAAGCAAGCUCUGCGAUGUUAGUGAGCGCGUUUCUCUUGUUCGUCGGAUUUGUGCGGAAUCCAGAAGAUGCUGCGCAGUUGUUUGCCGUCAGACGAACACCACCUGGACUUCAGCCUUCAGAGAUGAGAUAUCUUCACUACCUAGCAGAUGUGCUGAGAUCUCCGCCCUACUGUCCACACUUCAAGCCUAUGAAACUGGUCUCCAUCACCCUGCAACCGGUGCCUCUCUUCAACAAAGUCAGGGAUGGAUGUCGACCUUAUGUGGAAGUCUACCAAGGGGAAGAGCGUGUGAUGAGCACUCAACAGGAAUAUGAGCGCAUGACACUCUUUAACAUCACUCAUGGCAAGCGUGCGUUGUUGCAGAUCACGCUGCCUCUGAACGUGACAGUGGUAGGUGACGUGACGCUGGUGGUGUAUCAUGCAAGACACGUGUUGGGUCGUCCCACCGGCAUUAAGAUACUACAGCUGCAGUUACAUACGGGCUUCAUUGCCGGCAACACACUCAACUUCACCAAAAAUGAACUGGACGACUUGUCUGAAGGUGAGCACUAUCAAGGUGACAAGUUCUCGGUGGUGCUGUACAUAGAGCUGCUGAAGGCUACGGAGACCUGUGUCACACCAUGGCUGGACCACUACUCUCACAACUACAACUCAGACGUCCUCUUCUCCUCCACGAUAGAGGCAGAGGAGACCCGAGAGAACUUCGUACCAAAGACAGCGCCACCACCAAGACCAGGUCCUCCACCAUCUCGCCCCGGCCCUCCACCCCGACCAGCUCCUCCCCCACCCUCAAGACCUCCUAAUGAGUAUAGAGAUGGACCUGACACUCCUCCCAUGAAAAGAUCAGAAGAGAGAGAGAGUUUGCUGAAUGAUGAAGACGAGGAUGCCGACUUCCUGAACCUCUCAUCGUCCCAGCCCCAGAGGCCCCCUCUGUCACAGCCUCCACGACCCCCGGCUCCUACACCACAUGCGGACCUGCUGAACAUCGGAGACAGUGGGGGUGGGGAUGGCAGUGACAGCAACGUAGAUCUACUAGGCUUCGGACAGUUUGUCAGUGCAGAUCCCCCCACCACUACCGCCAACAGCAUUGAACCCGCUGUGGACCCACUUGCCUUCGAUCCCUUUGCUUCUGACUCCAAUAUUGCUAAGAAUGACCUGCUCGACCCAUCACUAAAGAACUCAUCGAUCCACCGUAACGUGAGCACUCCCAACCUGUUCGCUGAUAACGUCGUCUUGACGCCCAACCCGAGUCCCUCACCGAACCUGCUCGGUGGCGGGGCGUGGCCUAGCAGUAACAUCAAUAUGCCUCGCAAUGUCAGCACACCUAACCUCAACAGGGAUCCGUUUGCUGACCUUGCUGGCAACCUCAGCUCUAGUCUAGGCGGCGGUGUCGGCAGUGGAGGCGGUACGACUCCAGGACUAUCUCCCCAGCACAAGCCACCUGGCAGCUGGAAUCCCACCCCCUACCCACCGAGUACUCCAGUUUUUACACCUGCUGGAAGCCCUGUGCAUCACUCCAAGUCCCCCUGCGAGCCGAAUUACAGUCGAUCACACUUUGAUAACGCCUUCAAACCAUCAGACCAGCCAGGGAAGAAGGCAGGUGAUGUGUUUGGAGACCUACUGGGUAGCCAGGGUUACGAGUUUUCCUCAAAGAAGGACAGCGGCCCUCGAACGAUAAACCAGAUGAGGAAAACAGAGCUUGCCAAAGAAAUGGAUCCUGAUAAGCUUAAGGUAAUGGAGUGGACUGAAGGAAAGACGCGUAACAUACGCGCGCUGCUGUGCUCUAUGGACCGUGUGCUCUGGGAGGACUGCAAAUACACGGUGGAGAUGCAUCAGUUGGUGUCUGCCACUGAUGUGAAGAAGGCUUACCGAAGGGCCUGCAUCGCUGUUCAUCCUGACAAAGUAAGAUAAUCCUCUUAUACAUUUAUAUUUUCCUGCAUUUCUGUUCAUCCUGACAAAGUAAUAUUAUCCUAU